GGAAGGCCCGCGGUCCCCGAGUCCGGGUGCCCUGGCGCCGGGCGCCCGCGCGUAAAGCGUGCGCGGGCGAGGGAAACCGACACAACGCGCGUCCAGGACUGCCAGCGCCCGUCCCCGCCAGCUCGGCCAAGUAGGUGCGAUCCCCGCUUUGCAGAGAAGGGGGGCCUCGGCGCCCCGCUAUGUGCACCGGCUGGAGGAUUCUCUGUAAACGUCUCGGCUCUUCCGUCUCCCAGCCCUUUGCCCCACUCAGACUUCCUCCUCCUGGACAGCAGGAGCGUCUCUCGCGGACGGCUCGCGGCCCUGCAGAGGCCCUUUCGCUUUAUUAUCCGCCAGAUCUGCUGCAUUUUGGAGUUCCCAGGCCUGAUCGGGCGAGGGUGUCUGGCUGGGGACUCGUCGCCGCCCGGCUGGACGCCCCGAGCCCGCCCUUGGCUCCCGCGCAGCGCUGAGCCGAGCCCCGCCGCCCCCACCGCGACCCCAGGCUUCGCCUCCCACCCCCGCGCUUCCACCGGGCUGCCCUUCCUUGGCCUGGCCUGUCGGGAGGGGCCUGGCUGAGGCUUGGGAGAGCCCAGCUAGUUGGGGGAGGAUCCCAGAGAAGACUUACGGAGCAAAAUUUAAUCGGGGGUGGGGAGGGGGGGGGCCCUGGGUUUCUGGGCCGCUGGCUGUCACUCGUCAUUUGGUGUGUGGGGCUUGUGCAUGGGAAAAUCGGGAAGGAGUUGUGAUAGAAUCCUGACUGUGAGCCAGGAUUUGCUCUAAGGCUUGUCUGCAUGAACUCAUGUGUUUAUAUCCUCGCUGCUCCUCUGUGUGGUAGUUACGGUGGUACCCACAGUGCAGCAGAAGAAACUGGCUGGGAAAGUGGAGGAACUCACACCCGGCUUGCAGGAUGAGACCACGGGCUCCUGGUGCCCCCGUCUCCCUCCCUCAGGAGUGAAGACGGCCCCUGGAGCUCUGCCUGGGGUGUCUACACUUGCGGAGACCCCGCUCCCCUCAGUCCCCACCCAUCUCUGCUCCGGAGCACCAAAUAGUCUCAUUGUACCCUUCACCCCUGUUUACAUCAGUUACCACGGGACCUUCUGGGACUCCAGGCUCUUUCUGCUUCAAGUUGGAAAAUUUUAACCUGGCUUUUUGAAAUUGAGAUGUUUGCCCUCCCUGAGAAGGAAUCCAGGGCACCAUCCACCUGUCCGGGCCCAGCCUCCACACAGGACCUGGACAGUAACUGUGGGGAUGGUCUGGAAAGAGAAUGUUCUAGAAAGCCAGACCAGAAGCUGCCGGAGCUCUACGGAGUGGGUGAUCCCACCGCCGGGUUCUCCUCCAAUAGCUCCCACCUGUCCUCUAGAGGAGGCAUCAUUAAAUGGUUCUGGGACUCAGCUGAGGCCGGCUACAGGACCUACCACAUGGAUGAGGCAUCAUUAACUUGGGCACCAGUGAGAACAAACUCUGCUUUGACCUGCUGUCCAAGAGGCCUCCGGGAGGAAGUGGCCAGGUUCCUGUCUUUCUACUGCAAGAGCCCGGCGCCCCUUCAAGCGGAGAAUGUGGUUGUUCUGAACGGCUGUGCCUCUGUCUUCUCUGCUCUGGCCACGGUGCUGUGUGAGGUCGGGGAGGCUUUCCUGAUCCCUGCCCCUUACUAUGGAGCCAUCACACAGCACGUCUGUCUCUAUGGCAACGUCCGACUGGUCUCUGUCUAUCUGGACAGUGAGGUCACUGGGCCAGAUACACGCCCCUUCCAGCUCACAGUGGAGAAGCUGGAGAUGGCCCUGCAAGGAGCUAAUUCUCAGGGUAUAAAGGUCAAAGGCCUCAUCCUCAUCAACCCCCAGAACCCUCUGGGCGACAUCUACUCCCCAGCUGAGCUGCAGAACUUCCUGGAGUUUGCCAAGAGGCACGAGCUGCACGUGAUGGUGGAUGAAGUCUACAUGCUCUCCGUGUUUGAGGAGUCAGUUGGGUACCGCAGUGUCCUAAGCCUGGAAAGGCUGCCUGACCCCCAGAGGACCCACGUGAUGUGGGCCACCAGCAAGGACUUCGGGAUGUCUGGGCUCCGCUUUGGCACGCUGUACACAGAAAACCGCGACGUGGCCACUGCGGUGGCUUCCCUCUGCCGCUACCACGGCCUCAGUGGCUUGGUCCAGCACCAGAUGGCACAGCUGCUCCGGGAUCGUGACUGGAUCAACCAGGUGUACCUGCCAGAGAACCACGCCCGGCUCAAGGCUGCCCACACCUAUGUCGCGGGAGAGCUCAGGGCCCUGGGGAUCCCCUUCCUGAGUCGUGGGGCAGGCUUCUUCAUCUGGGCUGACUUGAGGAAGUACCUACCCGAGGGCAGCUUCGAGGAGGAAAGGCGGCUCUGGCGCCGCUUUUUGGACCACAAGGUGCUGGUGUCCUUUGGCAAGGCCUUCGAGUGUAAAGAGCCCGGCUGGUUCCGCCUGGUCUUCUCGGACAAGGCCCACCGGCUUUGCCUGGGGAUGCAGAGGGUCCGGCAGGUACUCGAGGGCAAAUCCCAGGUGGCAGAAGACCCCCCAGCCUGUCAGACCCAGGAGCCGAGGGAUCGGCACAGGUGAGCGGACUGUUGCCUCGUGGCCGCAGGGCCUGGCAGCCGCUGCCGACCCGGGCCGUUUGGGGCUGUGAAGACUGAUGGUGGGGGAGCUGUUUGCCAGGAAGAUACGCAACUUGGCCUUGACUGUGAAGGAGAACUCUUCUUGCCUCUCUUGGUGGCAGUGUGAAGCUCCUUAGGCUGUGGUUCCAUCCGGCCCACCCUCUCCCCCUCUAUUAAACAAAGCUGGGAGAAACUGGAA